UUAGUAAUUAGUUCAAUUCAGUCGGUCGUCGCCCGCCGAGCGCUCCGCACGCGAUCGCCUCUCCCCAGCCUCGGAAACUCGCUCACAUGGACAACUUUGAUAUCGUAGAAUUCGACUCUUUGAGUGAAACGGUGCAGAGUUUAAUAAGAGACGCUGUAGAAAUUCGGAAAAAGGCGUACUGUCCAUACUCCAAAUUCGCCGUAGGCGCCGCCAUUCUCACCGAGAAAGACUCCAAGGUGUACACUGGAUGCAACAUAGAGAACGCAGCCCUCGCGCCGUCGAUAUGCGCGGAGCGCGCGGCCCUGCCCAGAGCGGUGGCGGACGGCUACAGGAACUUCAAGAUAGUGGCGGUCGUAGCCCACCAGCAGAACUUCACCGCGCCCUGCGGCUUCUGCCGGCAGUCGCUCAGCGAGUUCGUCUCGACGGACGGUGACACGGACGUUUACCUUAGCAAGCCGACUAUGGAUAAAGUUUUGUGCACCAAACUGUCCAAACUACUGCCGCUCUCGUUUGUUAACUUCCAAAAAGACAAUAUACUCUAGUAGUAGGUAUUAGUUGUAGUGAAUGACAAUAUCAUCAAUAAUUAAGCUGCAGACGUAUUGCUCGAUACGUUACGCAUGGGCGUAAGCCAUUGUUUAGGUCAGGGGUCUCCAAACUCAUUUGCUUCACGGCCAUAUUGCUCUUCAGACAAUUCGCGCGGGCCGGUGUUUGGAAACCCCUGGUUUAGGUGUGUCGAGUGUCCAGUCAAAUUUCUGUCUCUGUGCUGUGUAUUCAAUGACAACUUUGUACAUUAUAAAAUAAAAGAGAAAAGACUUUGUCAUAUUUAGUAUUACAAUUUUGUACAUUAAAUAAAUCUAAUAAUAACAUUAUAAC